CUUCUUUUUAAGACUUGGCGAGAGAGAGGAGUGUCUGUGUUCUCAGAAAAAAAAAAAAGAGCUUGAACUAGGAAAAAAAAUGGCUGAAGAGGAAAGUGCAGUGAAAGAACCUCUUGAUCUCAUCAGACUCAGUCUUGAUGAGCGCAUAUACGUCAAGCUUCGUUCUGACAGAGAACUCAGAGGAAAACUACAUGCGUAUGACCAGCAUUUGAAUAUGAUACUCGGGGAUGUUGAAGAAAUCAUUACUACAGUAGAAAUUGAUGAUGAAACAUAUGAGGAGAUAGUUCGGACUACCAAGCGGACAGUUCCAUUUCUUUUUGUUCGGGGAGAUGGUGUGAUUUUAGUUUCUCCGCCAUUAAGGACAGCUUAACGGUCAGGCGAUAGAGAAGAUUGGGUAAAAGAUUUGAAGCAGGAAAGGUUUAUGGGGGUAUUUUAGUCUCUUCCAUUUCACUUUGUAUGUUCUUCUAACAGAAUCGUAGCCGUGCUGCAGUUGAAAUUAUUAGGCUUUCCUUUUUUUUUGUUAAAGCUGCAGAGGGUUGUAAUUUAGUAAUUAGUAAACUUGUGUGCGUGGCUGGUACUAUUUUUUAAACAGCCGCUCUUAGACUCUUCAAUUACUGUUGUAGACAAUGAAUCUUCAUCUUUUCAUAUAUGAGACCUCUGCUGUAUUUAUUUCCAGUAUUCAGUUCACCUGACCAGAUGUUUUUUUCA